AUGUCGACCGAGGUUGAAGGAACCUUUGAGGUGGCAGACGCCAGCCUCUACACCAAGACUUGGACACCUCAGGGCCCCGUUAAAGCCAAGGUGAUCCAUGUUCAUGGCUUCAGCGAUCACAUCAACUGGUACGAUGACGUGUAUCGAAUUUUGGCUUCUAGCGGCAUUCAAGUCUUUGGUUUUGACCAAAGAGGCUGGGGCCGCAGCGUCAAGCAACCCUCUGACAAAGGAAACACCGGCGCAACACCGCGCGUAAUUUCUGAUAUUGCAGCAUUCAUCGAGAGCAAGCUGCCUUCUGAUGUCCCGGUUUUUGUUCUGGGCCAUUCGAUGGGUGGAGGCGAGGUUCUCACACUUGCGGCCGAUCCUCAGUACGCCAAGCUAGUCAGUCAAGUGCGCGGUUGGAUUCUCGAGGCUCCUUUCAUCGGAUUCGCGCCUGAAGAAGUCCCAAGCUGGUUCAAAAUUGUAGCAGGUCGGCUAGCUUGCAAGAUCCUGCCGAGGUUCCAGCUCAAGCAUCAACUCGACGUCAUGAACUUGACGCGAAAAACCGAGGUAGCAAAGGGCUUCAAGGAAGAUCCUCUCUGUCAUGACACAGGUACGCUGGAAGGUCUGGCGUCGCUUCUGGACCGUACGGCGGCUCUGCAAUCGGGGUCUGUAAAAUUGGGCAAGGAAGUAAAGUCUCUUUGGCUCGGCCACGGAGACCACGACAAAGCCUGUAGCUAUGAAGCUGCCAUGGAAUUCGCAAAGAACCAGGACAUCGAGGACAAGGUCGUCAAGACGUAUGUGGGAGGUUACCACGCUCUGCACGUGGACCUGUGCCAGGAGGAAUAUGCGAAGGAUAUUACUGCUUGGAUCCUAGAGAGGAGUACAGGUGAAAGACCAAUCGAGGCGAAGCUAUAA